UUUAACUGAUUCGUACAAACUCGAGGUCGGGCUUAAAACUCGACGACUUAUCACCUAUUCUCGAGUUUAUUAGCUCAGUAAAAUCAAGAACUCGAGGUUUUGCUUCCAUUUCGUCGAGUAUUAAGACUUACAUCAAGUUUGUGCUUUGACAGAGAUAAAAAAAGUCGAGUUAAGGAUGUAACUCGUCGACUAUUAAGCAUGACAUCGAGUUUAACAUUGCAAACGACGUAUAAACUCGAGUUAAGUUUAAAAAUUCGUCGACUAUAUAGGCUGACCUCGAGUAUGUUUUAACAGUAACACUAACCAAAUGUUAGCCUUGUUUUAGAACUGCAGGUAGUUCAGGGAAAGAAAUUGGAUAUAUUUUUAAAAUAGCUAACGGUAUCUGAUUUGUAAUGGGGACGCCAUCAGACAAAAGUUGGAUGACGUCGUACCGAUUUAGUUCAUGUUAUAUUCAAGGGGUCAAAAAUUUUCUGAAUGUUGCAAAAGACUUUACUGAUUCAAAUGGCAGAGUUCGAUGUCCAUGCAAGAACUGCAUCAAUAUUUAUUUGAAGCCAUUGCAAGAAGUAAAAAUGGAUAUAUAUCAAUAUGGAAUUAGUGAAAACUACACAAACUGGGUGCACCAUGGUGAGACUUCUCAACCUCGUGAUAGUUUAGAUGGCUCUAUUAAUUCGGACAAUGAAUUGGAGGAUAGUGGAAAUGAUGUUUCAGAAAUGUUAGAUGAUAUGUGUAAUGCAACUUUUAUGGACACCGACAUGUAAGACAGACUUCCCAAUCAAGAUAAUAACAUGCUAGAAGGAGAAGUAGCAAAAUUUGCUAAAUUGUGGAAUGAUUCUCAUUGUGAACUAUAUCCUGGAAGUCAAAAAUAUUCAAAGCUCUCUUUUCUUGUUAAGAUGA